AUGAACAAGAAGAAGGCUAUGAAAACGACACCAGAACCCGAAACGAAGAAGAAAGGAAAACAAGCACGUGUAUGGGAACUGAGUGGAGACGUCAAGAAUGCCACCGAACUCGACUACUCCGGUGAGAAACCACAGGAGAAUGGUGAACGCAAUGAUGAGGAUCUGGCUUUUGUGAAUGAACAGCGCAAGUUUGUCGGAAAAUCGGCGCAGCUGCAAGGAUUUUCGGAUGAAGAAAGCGAAGAAGAGGAGGAGAUAGUCGCCGCGAAAGCCACUGGUGGUUGGUUUGGUGCAUUCAAGAACCUCGUCGGCAACAAAAAACUCAGCGCAGAGGACAUCCAGCCGGUGCUUGAAACAAUGAGGGAGAACUUGAUCUUGAAGAAUGUGGCAGCUGAGCCAGCGGACAAAAUCUGCCAAACCGUUGGACGUAAGCUGGAGGGCAAAGUUGUGAGCACUUUCAGUCGCGUCAGUUCCGAAGUGAAGGAAGCAGUUCGAGAAUCGCUCACACAGCUGCUCACUCCAAAACGCCGUGUGGACAUCUUGAGAGACAUCGCUGAAGCGAAGCAUGAGGGCAGACCCUAUGUGAUUGUGUUCUGUGGUGUGAAUGGAGUUGGAAAGAGCACGAACUUGGCGAAGAUCACAUUUUGGCUGAAUGAAAAUCAACAUCGCGUACUCAUAGCUGCUGGUGACACUUUCCGAGCUGGAGCUGUAGAACAGUUGCGAACCCACACCAAGCAUCUCAACGCUCUUCAUCCGAACUCAGUUCAGCUAUUUGAGCAAGGUUAUGGAAAGGAUUCGGCUUCCCUGACGGCUGCUGCCAUAGGCAUUGCAAUCGAACGAGCUAUCGAUGUAGUUCUUGUGGAUACCGCUGGUCGCAUGCAAGAUAACGAGCCUCUAAUGCGAGAACUUGCAAAACUGAUUCGAGUGAAUGAGCCUGAUCUGGUUCUGUUUGUUGGAGAAGCGCUUGUCGGAAAUGAAGCCGUUGAUCAGUUGGUGAAGUUCAAUCAAGCGCUUGCGGACAACGCUACGCCGGGUGCCGCGCCUCGUCUCAUCGAUGGUAUUGUUUUGACGAAAUUCGACACUAUCGAUGAUAAGGUUGGAGCUGCUGUUUCUAUGACCUACAUUACGGGACAGCCAAUUGUGUUUGUCGGUUGUGGUCAGACGUACUCGGAUCUCCGUAAUCUCAACAUUGGCGCUGUUGUUUCUGCUCUUCUCAAGUGA